AUGCAGCAGAAGCAGCAGCCAUUUGCCUUUGUGGCCAUGGCAGCCAUCCUCGUCCUUGGCAUUGCAUCCAUCGCCGAAACGGCUCGUCCUCGACAAGUCUACCUUGACCAAAUCAUGAUGGAGAGCCAAGGGCCGUCGGAGGUGAUUGUUCCAGCCCCAGCACUCAAUCAAGAAAUGCAAGCACUUCGCGAAAGAUUCAUGAAGGCUCGCUCACGAUUUGGACAGCGACAAACAACUGCUUCCGAAGUCGUUGAAACGACGGAAACUGACGCACCGGAACAAGACGAGACGGUUGAAAGAGUCACCGUUGAAAACAUUAGCGAUUCUUCUUCAAGCACAACCACUUUAUCCUUGGAUAAUGAAGAGAUUCCCAAAGUAGAAGAAAUCGAAACAGCCAAAGAACCUGUUGAAACUAUUGAAACUUCACCCGCUCCAGUUGACGAGGAGCCAUCAGUCGCCAUCGCUGAAGCCCAGACGGAUACCAAAACUGAAGGUGAUCAACAGCCCGAAGAAGUUGCAGAAAGCCGAGCUGACUCUGAUAAACUGGAAGCUGAACCGGAAGAGGAAGAGGCUGAGGAUGAAGAUGAAGAAGAAGGUGAAGACGACACUGAACGAUCUGACGAUGCCACUGAAGGAGAAGAAGGAGAAGAAGAAGGCGAGGAAACUGAAGCUGAAGAACGUGUCGACGUCGUUGAGGGAGAGGCUGAAAAAGAUGUGACAUCACGCAUUGAUGGAGAAGAUACCACCGAAGUUGGAUCCGCUGCUGAUGGCUCAAUGGAAAGUGAAGCUCGUGCCUUCCAGCGCCGCCUCCUCGAUCUGAUGGUUAGCGAAGCCAAAGAAGUCCUCAUGGCUGCCAUGCCCGAUCGCUCUGCCAUCGAAACUUUCCGUUUCAUGCCUCUGUUUAAACCCAAGUACAAGAGCAGCAAGCAGAGCUACGAUCGCCCUGCAAAAGCGAAGAAAGUGAAACCUUAUAAGAAAGCCAAGAAAACCAAGAAGCAAAGGAAGCCCAAGAAGCCUAAGGGUUACAAGAAGAAGAAGCCCACUUAUUCCGCACCUACCUAUACCGCUCCAUCAGCCCCAGCCUACAAUGCUCCAGCUUACAGCGGGCCAGCUGCAGCCUACAAUACUCCUGCUUACAACGCCCCAGCGGCUCCUGCCUACAACGCCCCUGCUGCUCCAGCAUACAGUCCUCCGGCUUACAAUCCUCCUGCCCCGGCCUACAGUGCUCCAUCUUACAAUCCUCCGGCUCACAAACCCAAGCCAACAUACAGCGCUCCUACGCAAACUUACGCAGCUCCAUCGUACGAAGCACCAAAAGCCCCUGCUUAUGAAGCACCUAAACCAGCCUAUGAAGCUCCUAAACCAGCCUAUGAAGCUCCUAAACCUGCAUAUGAAGCUCCUAAACCUACGUACGGUGCCCCGAAACCUGCACACAAGCCACCAAAGUCGACCUAUAAGGCUCCCAAGGCGAAACCAGUUCACCACCCUAAACCAACAUACGGAGCUCCUACGCCAACAUACUCCGCUCCGUCAUAUUCACCACCAUCGACGCCAUCUUAUUCCCCGCCAUCGACGCCAUCUUAUUCUCCACCUUCCCCACCAGCUUACUCUGCACCUUCCCCACCAGCUUACUCUCCACCUUCCCCACCGGCUUACUCUCCACCUUCCCCACCGGCUUACUCCCCCCCAUCUGAGCCCUCUUACUCACCACCAUCUGAGCCGUCUUACUCACCACCAUCUGAGCCGUCUUACUCACCGCCAUCAUAUCAGCCGCCAUCAUAUCAGCCACCUUCAUACCCAUCACCAUCUUAUUCGCCACCAUCUUAUUCGCCACCAUCUUAUUCGCCACCAUCUGAACCAUCUUAUUCACCGCCCUCCUAUUCCCCACCAUCGCAGCCAUCGUACUCGCCGCCAUCUGAGUCUUCGUAUCCAUCACCAUCCUUGCCAUCGUUCGAGCCUCCAUCUUUCGAUUCAUCUUCGUUCCCUUCGCCACCAUUCUCACCGCCAUCUUACUCUUCACCAUCUUACAGCGCGCCAUCUCCACCAUCUUAUUCGCCACCUUCCGAGCCGUCCUACAAUACACCAUCUGAGCCAUCUUAUAAUCAACCUACCGAGCCAUCUUACCCAACGCCAUCACCACCUUCGUACGAAGCGCCAUCCUAUUCUCCACCGACUGAGCCGCAACAAUACAUUCCCCCUGCAGGAGCUCCAUCCUACGAACCUCAAUACCCCAUUCGCCCAGAGGUUGGUGGUUACAACAAUUUCGGUUCCGGAUUCCCAGGAGCGCCAGUUCCAUCUGAUCCAUUCGCGUUGAGCUUCGAACCCGAUCAGUAUUCCUUCGACCCAGCUAGCCAAAUUGUCAGCCGACCAGCUGAGCAGGAAUGGAUUCCACCCCCGAAUUUCGGCGAUGAGGAUGAAUUCAACAACCCAGGAGAGCAGACAGCACAUAGCAUUCAAGAAUCAGUUCCUACACAAAAUACGUACCAGAAACCCGAUUACCCGGCUCCGUACAAGCCACCAACUAACUAUGUCCGCCCACCUCCCAGCUCGCCUCGCCCACCUGUCCAAGUUGCCUACCGACCUCGGCCUACUACCCCGGCACCUUACCAGCGACCAGCAGCUCCGACGAUCCCACCGUACCAGCGCCCAGCAACACCCACUAUCCCACCAUACCAGCGCCCAGCUCCAUUGAGUAUUCCAUCUUAUCAACGACCAGCACCUUCCCCGCAGACAACCGAAGCUGCUCCUCCUGCCACGACGCCUUCCUACAUUGCCCCACCAACUACACCACAACCGAACGAGCGUCCGUCUACUUAUCCGUCCUAUCCGACUUUCCCUCCCUUCCACAACUACAACCCCAACAACGAGGGACUACCUUUGAAGUUCCAGACUUUUGGAAAAGCUCCACAAGCUAUUCAGCCACAACAAGCAGAAGAUGACGCAGAUGAAGACGACGAUGACGAGGUAGAAACUAAUCCAGGAGCUUUCAAACCAGAACAACCUCAGUUCUCCCAACAGCCCGAUUUCUCCCAACAACAACCAGAAUUCCCUCUGCAACAGCAAGAAUUCCCCCAACAACCCCAGCAAGAGUUCCCGCUACAACAGCAAGAGUUCCCGCUGCAACAGCAGGAGUUCCCGCUGCAACAGCAGGAGUUCCCGCUACAACAGCAAGAGUUCCCCCUACAACAGCAAGAAUUUCCCCGACAACCCCAACAAGAAUUCCCCCUACAACAGGAAGUGUUCCCUCAACAACAACCGGAAUUCCCCCUACAACAACAAGAAUUCCCCCAACAAGAACCGGAAUUCCCCCUGCAACAAGAAGAAUUUCCUCAACAGCAACAAGAAUUUGCCCAGCAGCCGCAACAAGAAUUCCCUCAACAGCCGCAACAAGAAUUCCCCCAACAGCAGCCGGAACAACCGUUCCAACUCGACGAACAAGAAGAGGUGCCUGAACAAACGCAAAAUGUACCUGAAGAAACACCUAGCAGUUUCCAGGGCUUCCAGGAAAACAGCGAACCACCUAGGUUCCCCGAGUUCCAAUCGGACGACGUGGAUGCGGCUCCAUUCCCCGUCGCUCCCCUACAAGAAGACGCAGAUGAUUCUCCAGUAGAUGUCGAUACAGCUCAGACCACCGAUUUCCCAACGUUCAACUCCGAAGAGCCAACUGCCGACGCGGAAGCGCCCCAGGAAGGACGAUUCGCAGAGGACAUAGGAUUCAAGCGACCCAGCAGCUCUCGUCGCAGACCUGUUAACAACCAAAGAAUUAGGCCAGGUCAGAAAGACAACACACAAGUCAGUGACGAUCCAUUUUUCAGCCGAGUCAACAGCGACGACACUUACGGGCCUUUCGAGUUCAAGAAAAUCUUCGGUGACGUUGCCUGGCCCAAAGAAGACGAGCCUUCCGGGUUCUCUAGCGAUUUCGCAGGCAGACCCAACCGACCCCAAAACAGGCAGCAAUCCAGAGCCAGAACGGGCGCCGCGGCCAGCAAUGCUGAGACCAGCGUUAUAAGGCCUUACUCAGACAGGACUGCUUUGCCCAGCAGCGGCCAAUCUAAUUUGAACAGGAGACUGCAGUCUCGGCGCAACAACUAUGGGGAACGACGAAACUCAGCCUCGGUUGACGCAGAACAGGAGGAUGUGCAAAAGCCAGAGGCUAAAUCAACGGAUUCGGCGGUUGAAAACCCUGAUCUAUCCAACCAUUCUUCUUCGGUCGAUGCCCCAUCACAACGCCGCCCAUCAUUUCGAAGGACUAGUCCAGCCAACAAACCCAAGCCAGUUGAAUCAUCCGAACCUGCCGCAUCCAAGUCCAAUGAUGAAAAGAGCAGCAGCAACAAGAGCACGGCCGCCAUUUCACUGAGCGAAAGACGUGCAGCAGCACGUGAACGUAUGCUCAACAACAGGAGAAUCCAGCAAAAACGUAUUUCAUCUACUGAGUGAAGUGGAAAACCACACACAAAAACCGAGCUCACACUGGAAUGAUCAUUUCGACUUAUUGGUUAUUGUUAUAGUUUGCUUUAUUUGUUCUCGCUGCUUUAAUUCUCUUUUUAUCUUGUUGACUCGAAUUAGUAGUUAUGAUUAAUUGAUUAUUACCAUCUAUCUCACCUUCCCCAAAACCACAACCAUUAUUAACUAGUUAACGUAAAUUAUAAUGAAUGAGUGUUACGCGACUCUUUGCGAGGCACAGAGGGGCUGGUCCCUGAUUCUGACAUUACUUGCCGGCUUUAAUAAACAUGGAUGAAGAAAUGUA